AUGGAUCUAGUAUCAAUUCGAGGUCGUUAUUUCUGGAAAGGAGAUGAGCGAUUCCUCUUGAAAGGCGUCGUUUACCAGCUUAGCGGCCGAGAUCCCCUCGAGGAUGAUAGUGUCAACCAACUUCGACGCAGCAUACCGUAUUUGAAACAACUUGGAUUGAACACCAUAUUUGUCUAUUUUAUAGAUAAUACCAAAAACCAUGAUAUAGCCAUGGAUCUAUUGGCUGAAUGCGGUAUUCAUGUACUCUUUUGUCUAUCGACGCCCCGAUCAUGCAUCAAUAGGCAAGCGUCGUUGGAAUCAUACAAGAAAGAUCUACUCCAGGGGUAUUUUUCUACCAUUGAUUGUGUUGCGGCAUACCCAAACACACUCGGGGUCAUUGUAGCCAAUGAAGUCAUCAAUUCCGGAGCCAGCACCCACGCUGCAUCUGUUAUCAGGGCCGUCACGCGAGACGUGAAAAAGUACAUGGCGCUCGCGGCUGAUAUUUGCCAACAAAGAGUACUGCCUGUGGGAGUGAACUCAUCAAAAAUAAUGAAUGUAUUCAAAUCCGAGUUUGACUACCUCACUAGCGGUAACGAGUCUGACGCCCUUGACUUCUUUUGUUUCAACAACUACUCAUGGUGUGGCAAAUCCUCUAUGCAGACUUCAGGUUACGAUAGGCUCGUUACAAUAUUUGCCAACGCACAUGUACCCGUCUUCUUUUCAGAGUAUGGCUGUAACAUCCCGUCACCUCGCCUAUUCCUUGAAACUCAUGCGAUAUACUCUUCGGAGAUGACCGGUGUUUUCUCGGGUGGUAUUGUUUAUGAAUUCUUCGAACUUGUUAAUCGCUAUGGCCUAGUGAAAUUGGCUGAAACCGGUGAGUUGGAGACACUCCAGGACUUCCAUAAUUUGAAAAACAGCUUCGAACAAUGCCUCGACGUGCGACCAAAUACACUGGCGGUGUGGUCGGACAGCCAGUUCACAUCAACAAAAGCACCCACAAUGCCAGCAAAGAGCUCUUAUUGGCAGGCAUCGACAGAACUACCGGGUUGCCCAGUGGAUUGGGACGAAGCGCGCUCAGAGCUCGAAGACGGUCAGUGGGUUGAUGUAGAGCGUGAGAUUCGCGAGUUUGAGGUGGACGACUUGGCGGAUUCAAUGUGGCAGAGAUUCCGCAUUAGUGGCACCGGUCCACGCUGGACUUGA